AUGCGUUUUCAGUAUAUUUUCUUCAUUCUUUUCGCCCACGGCUCCAUCGCCAACAACACCGGGGCUCCCAACAAGGAUGCCGUCCCUAGCAACCAAGCCGGAGUAGGGGCUCCCAUCAACAAAAACAUCGCCGGCCCCCAUAAAGAAGUGGGAGGCCAUGGUAGCAAUGGGGAUGGUGGUGAUUGCUCCCACGAAGACGAGGUCGGAGGCCACUGGAGCGACAGUGAUGAUGACAAUAGUCUCUCAGACAUGAGCGACUACGACCUCUCGGACCUCUCGGACCCCAGGACGCGACGGUUUCUUUUUGUAACUUGCUGGGGCGCAGUUUACAGCGAACUGCUAUUUAUCUGCCAGGAUGGGAUGCCUGAUUCGGCGAUUGCAAUCCUUGCUGAUAGGGCUUGCGAAGAUAUUCUCCAUGGCGUACCAGUGGAUACGGCAUCCAUCCACCCGGAAAGCUGUCCAAGUAGUCCACGGAGUCCACAGAGUCCACGGAGCCCACGGAGACCAAGGUCGCUCGAAGCGUAACAUUAAAGGGGUGAUCUCAUCUAUUCUACAUAAAUAA